GCGGGAGCAACGCGGGCGAGAACCGAACCGUGACCGAGGAAAAUGCCAAAGCGAAAGAGAACGGCGUCGACGGCGGCAGCGGCGGCAACGAUGAGCAACGCAACUUCAGUGCUCCCACAAAAAAAACAUUACAGACAACGAGCGCAUGCGAAUCCAUUCUCUGACCAUUCACUCGUGUAUCCAUCAUCACCUGAUUCAAUCGAUUGGUCAAUUCAUUAUCCAGCCUUUGGAAACCAGAGACCAUCCUUUGCAGAUAUUGGAUGUGGAUUUGGUGGUCUGUUAAUCACACUAGCACCUCAAUUCCCUGACACUCUCAUCGUCGGUCUUGAAAUUCGUGUUCAAGUAACACAGUAUGUCCAAGAUCGUAUCACCGCACUCCGCGCAACCUCAGACAAUUAUCAAAAUGUAUCAGUCAUCCGCGCCAACGCCAUGAAAUUCCUUCCAAACUUCUUUCAAAAAGCUUCCCUCACCGCUCUCUUCUUCCUCUUCCCCGAUCCCCACUUCAAAAUACGCAAACACAAGGCACGCAUCAUAUCACCCACCCUUCUUGCAGAAUACGCGUACGUCCUCGCACCAGGUGGAAUCGUCUACACCAUCACCGAUGUCGAGGAUCUUGCACAGUGGAUGCGCGCUCAUCUAGAUGCUCAUCCACUCUUUCAGUUUGUUGAGGAACAAGAACUAAGGAAUGAGGGAAAAGGUCCCAUCUUGGAUGCAGUGUAUAGUUCAACGGAAGAAGGGAAAAAGGUAGAACGCAAUGCUGGCCAGAAGUGGCUCGCAUGCUUCAGACGCAUUGAGGUCAAAAGAAUAAAUACGUAGUAUAUAAGAUAAGAUAACAAAUGUACAAUUUUUGCACGAGACUUGAAAACAGGCUCUUCGAGCUUGACUGUCGUGAUUCUCAGUUUUGUAUUGUCUUUCUGUCUUUCUUGCAGAACACGCGCCUUGUCACGCCAGGUCGUUCAAAGCUCAACGACAAACGCACCAAGGAUUGUUC